AUGUCGGUGCCACUGGUCUUCAAGGGCCGAGAGGUUGCAAUGACCCAGAACGAGCUUGCCGCCUCCUCGGCUGCAGCCAAAGCGAACGGCGCCGAGAAUCAGGACGAAGAUGACCUGAUCCCGAAGAUCGAGUCCGACUUGGUCGAGCCUGUUGGUGCCUCCGAGAAGUCGGCCAGCAGAAAGCGCCAGUCUAGUCAACCCGCCACCAGCAAAGCUAGCAAGAGACGUAAGUUGCUUGAAGGCCAAAAGCCUCUGAAUGGGUCUGCUCAGAGUGUCCGAGCCUCGAUCGAGAACAGAGCCGCGCCUGCUACGAAGAAAGGACUUCCUCUAUAUGCUUCCGACUCUGAUGAGGAAGACGGUCCCGACGAUCACGGUCCUAGUGAUACUGAGAGAGAUGAUGGUUCCCCUCCGCCGGUGCAAGCUCCUAAGAAGCGCGGUCGUCCCAGAAAGACUACCAACGCUGUCUCGAUCAAGUCCAAGAAACCUACUGGUAACCCGAUUCCCGCUGGACCAAUCACCAAAGGCCGUGACGACAUACGGCCGAGGCGUCGCUCGCCCCAAGAAGGCUACGAGGAAGAGCCCUGUAAAAGGCACCUCGAGUUCUCCUACUUAUUCUGA